AUGUCCGCGACACGGACGACCACGCGUGCUGAUGUGAGGCGUGAUGACCCAGGUGCGCCCGGUGCGCCCGGUGCUCCUGGGGAUGCUCCCACUGGGACAGCCGAGCCUGCCCCCCGGGACAAGGAGCCGUACUACAGCAAAAGGCCCAACGCUCCUCCCACGACAGAAGAAGCCGUCCCUAGUGCAGAAUGGGCCAGAUGGCGGCUGACCAAACAGCGGCCCGACAUUGGUGACAAAUUUCCCGAGUAUUUCCCGGACGUGCGCAGGCAACUGUACGACAGACUCCAGGCGGAAGUUAGAGCGGCUGAGGGACGGAUUCCUGACCUGCCAAGGUUCAAGAAGCGUUCUCUCGAGGAACUGAAAGAAGGAAAUUACAAGCCGGCACAACUGGGGUUCGCUCCUUUGACCAACUUCUACGAAGAAGCCGACCGACAAAAUGCUAGGCUUUCCCGCCGACAACGUCUCGACAGUGACCAGGAAGGAGACCGGAUCCCCUCUCUGUGGUUUGAAAGAAUGUCGCAGGACUUGUUUGCGCGGGUUUGGGAGUUUUGUCACGAUACCUUUGGCCUUUACGCAUCAAUAGCCGACAGCUAUUAUCAGUAUGACUGGACGCUCCGAUGGCUGGACAAGCUGCCUAAAGAGUUUGUGGUCGUUGCAUCACAGGUUGCAAGAGGCGACAUGACCGUCGUGGCUCCCAAGAGUUACGAUCCCAACAAUUGGGAGUUCCUUUUUCUGGACCACAUUUUCCGGGUGAAGCUCAUGGUCGGCGUGAUAGCCAAGUUGCUCGAGAAGAAUGUGUUCAACUCUCUUCUGUUCGGAGCCGCCGAUGUAGAAAAAACAGCCCUGGUGUCCGAUGACCACGGAAGAGCCUUCCUCGAUAAUUCAUACCAGCGAAAUCGGACCCGCUCAGAGACCGUCAGGAAUUAUAUCCAAGCUAAUCGGUCCCCCUCAGGCACAGGCCUUGAAGACCUUUGGUCCGAUAAUUUCUGGAUCGAGGUCGAUAGUGUCACAAUGGGAAUCCUAGACCUCCUGCUUCCCUUGAUCAACCUUCUCGGCCAGGACAUGCCAAAUUACGCUUGGCCACCCCUGAAAAAGGUACACCAAGGGCUCCACGACAUCGUCGCCGAGGCUGCCUGGUUUACCAACGGCAUGCGGGCUACCAGAUCGGUCUUUUGGAUCCAAUUCGCCCUACCGGGCGAGCUGAACGAUAUCACACAUGAGCAUGCCAUUGACGACAUCUGGAACCGGUCCAAGGCUAAAGCAGAGGCACACGACAACGAUGUCAAGGAAGCUUGGAAGACCGAGAGGGACGCCGAAAUCAGAAAGAACCACCCGAGAGAGGUCAUAACUGAGGCACACCGAGCAGCCUAUGCAAGAGAUCAUCCGGAGCCCUUUAUUCGCCGCACCGCCAAGGUUCAGGUGGCCAUGUGGCCCUUCAUCAAGCGCUUCACCACCAUAGGCGAGAGGGACGCGGGCGAUGGUGCUUACAACGCGGGCGAGACCAUCACGCAGAUCAUGAAGGCGCAGUGCGUCUAUUACGACGGCGACGAUUCGGACCACGCCGACAUGAUGGAGCGGCGGACGCUGAGCGAGCAAAUCAGUAGCCGUCGCUGGGUGAAGUGGGUCACCUGGCGUGCCAUCCUGCUUUAUGCCGUCGUCUUCUUCCUGUUUCAUUUCGUUACGUCCCCAGAAGUCCAACAAGAGCUGGAAAACAAGCCAAUGGCCGUCAAGUCGUCAUCGAGCGGCCAAGAGGUCUUGAAAGAGAGGACGACCACUACUAUCGUAGCUGUCCCCGUCGGGACUGAUAUUGUCACAGAGACUGUUGUGGUGACCAAGUCCACGGUCGAUGAGAACAAGCCCUCCAAGCCUUGGUUCGGAUUUAGAGCCCCGUCUGUAUCCAAGGUGACAGAAACAGUCACAGAGACGAUUGCAAAAAAGUUCGACGGAGGAGCAGAUGACAACAACAAUGAUGAAAAUGACGAAGAGGAGUACGACAGCGACAGCGACGAGGAUAGCGACAGCAGCGACGAUGACAGUGAAAAUGGCGGCAGUGGCUUUAUAUCUACGGGGGCGGGCAUCGCUGCUAAAGUCAUUUUGGCAAAGGAUAAGGUCACUGAUGGCAUUGCGUCCGCAAAGGAUAAGGUCACCGAUGGUAUUGCGUCCGUAAAGGAAAGUGUCGCCUCGGAAUUUGCUUCCACGACGGAUAGCGUCGCGGAGAGCCUUUCUUCCGAGAAGGACAGGAUUGCCUCGAUUGAGAGCUCCGUCAGGGAGAGCGUCAAGAAUAGUAUCGCCGACGAGAGCAGCAGAAUCAGUGCUGCCAGCCAGAGCUCUGUCAAUGAGAGCCGUGCCUCCGUCAGGAGCUCCAUAGAUGCGAGUAAGUCCUCCAGCAGGAGCUCCGUCAAGGAGAGCCGUGCCUCCAGUAGGAGCUCCGCCAGUGAGAGCAAGGCCGCCAGUAAAAGUUCUGCCAGCAAGAGCAGAGAGAGCAGAAAAAGCAGCGCCGCCGCCGAGAAAAGCGCUGAAGCUGAGAAAAGUGCUGAAGCCGAGAGAAGCGCUGCCGCCGAGAGAAGCGCCGCCAGUGAGAGCAGAAUCGUCAGUGAGAGAGUCGCUGCCAGCCUUGCUGCUGAGGAUGAAGCGAGACGAAUCGCGGCUAGCAUUGCCUCGGAAGAAGAGGAGAAGGCAAGCAGCUCGAGUAGAGCAUCCAAGAGCCGAGCUUCCAGCCGGAAGACUGCAUCGAAAGAUUAUGGAAUUGACACGACCACUGUGAACACAAACGUAGAACCCCCAGUCAGCGUUGUGGACGUCACGACCAGCAAGGUCGCAGUGCCGGAAGAGAAGGACAAGGAGACCAUCACCAUCACGGUGCCGGCGGACAAGGUAGUCGUCACCGUAACGGGGCCGGUGACCCAGGCUGAGACAGAGGGUGUGGGCAAGAAGGUUGAAUACAAAGUAUGGCAGUGGACAGUGGAUGCCAGGAUUUGA